AUGGCCAGCAACGCAGAAGCGGGCAGCGAUGCCCAAAUUACCUUCAAGGUCAAGACCGCUGCCGACACCACCCACGUCCUCACAAUGGCCGAGAGCGCCACUGUCAUUGACCUCAAGACCAAGCUCGCUGGCGACGACUUUGAAAAGAUCCCUGUUGAACGCCAACGGCUCAUCUACUCUGGUCGUGUCAUGAAGAAUGACGACGCCCUCGCCGUAUACAAGAUCAAGCCCAACAACAUCAUCCAUAUGGUCAAGAGUGCCGCCAGCAACCAGUCCCAGCCUGCCUCGUCGACUAGUGUUCCCACGCCUCAGGCUCUGCCCACAAACAUGGCCUCCGGAACCGCCAACAACCCCCUCGCUAGCCUAACUAGUGCCCGGUAUGCUGGCCACCAGCUGAAUCUUCCCGGUAUGGACGCGUUUGGUCCAGACGGUGGCAUGGGCCCUCCCAUGGAUGAGGAACGAAUGGCACGGCUGAUGUCCGACCCCAACGUUCAGCAGAGCAUGAAUGAAGCCCUCAGCAACCCCGACUUUGUCAACAUGCUCAUCGACUCGAACCCUAUGCUCCGCAACAUGCCCAACGCUCGCGACCUCAUCACUUCGCCAUUCAUGAGAGAGAUGAUGAGCAACCCAGCAAUGCUCAGCAACGCCAUGCGCAUGCAGCGCAGUAUGCGGGGAGGCGAUUCGGGCUUCCCUGCGCCGGGCGCAACCGACACCACGCCCGAAAACCCGGCCGAUGCCAGCAGCAACGGCGCGCAGGCACAAGGACAAGCGGCGCAGAAUGCCUUUAUGAACCCCUUCUCAGGGCCCCUCGGCGCCGGCGCCAUACCCGGUAUGGGCUUUGCUGACAUGAUGCAAGCCAUGGGUGCCGCUGGUUUUGGAGCCGGUACUGGUGCCGGAGCACCAACCGCCAGGCCAGGUGAAGCUGGCGCUGGGGCUGGAGCUACAACGACAGGCACUGGUGCGGGUGCGCGUGCUAACGCGCAAAACCCCUUUGCUGCCUUUUUCCCUGGAGCUGGAACCGCAGCUGGAGCCGGAGCCGGAGCCGGAGCCGGAGCUGGAGCUGACGCUACCAACCCCUUUGGCAUGAACCCAGAGCAACUACGUCAAAUGUCACAACUGAUGCAGUCUAUGGGCGGCGCCGGUGCUGGAGCACCGGCAGCACCCCCUGACAACCGGCCGCCCGAGGAGCGGUACGAGGAGCAGCUUCGACAGCUCAACGACAUGGGCUUCUUUGAUUUUGAUCGCAAUGUGGCUGCGCUACGAAGAAGUGGAGGCAGCGUGCAGGGUGCUAUAGAAUAUCUGCUCUCCGGCUGA